GUUAGUUUACCUGUCACACAAUUAUUUAACCGAUAUACCACAAGAUAUUUUUAAGCCCGUACAAGGAUUACGUGUAAUCGACUUAUCCCAUAAUCACUUACGUGGUCUACCUGAUAAUUUAUUCUAUAAUGGUGGCAUGGAAAAAAUGGACGUUUCGCAUAAUAUGCUGUUGAAGAUACCAUCAUCAUCUCUAUCCAGUUUGGCAGCGCUUACCUUAUGUGAAUUGCAUUUAUCAAACAAUUUCAUCUCAACUAUACACAGCAUGGAUUUAUCUAAUAAGUUCAGAUCCCUACGCUAUUUGGAUAUAUCCUACAACUAUUUGUUACGUAUUGAUGAUGCCGUUUUUGCUACCAUGCCCAAAUUAGCAGUGCUCGAUCUUUCACAUAAUCGAGAUCUUAAAGUAAUGGAUAAAUCUUUUAUGGGCUUAGAAAAUUCUUUGAUAAAAUUAGGUUUGGAAAAUGUUUCAUUAAGUACAGUACCUGAAAUACGUUUAAAAUAUUUGCGUGAAUUCCGGUUGGGAUAUAAUGAACUUCCUUCGAUACCACAAGAACUUGCACAUAAUAUGAGUAACUUACGUAUGUUGGAUCUAUCGAAUAACGAUUUAACAAAUGUGCCACUUAUGACGCAAUCACUACCACAUUUAAGAAAAUUGAUGCUCUCCGGUAAUCCCAUAACAUCACUUAACAAUAAUAGUUUUGAUGGUGUAAAUGAAGAUUUAGAAAUGUUGGAUAUAUCUAAUUUCCGUCUACAUUACUUUGAAUAUGGAUGUCUUGAUUCGUUGCCACAUUUACGUUCACUUAAAUUAACCGCAUAUUCACACUUGGAGCACUUUAAUAUACCACAACUAUUGCGUCAUCAUUACAACAUAAGACAGUUAUGGAUCGAAGCACCACAACCAUUCACACGAAUUAUCAAGAAGGGCUCUGGAAACACACAAGAAAUGCAAAGCGUACAAAUGGGCAUGCCUACCGAUUUAACCAGAGAAAUGGAAGGUCACUUGCCAUCAAAGUUAACUAAUAUCACAUUUAGUGGACCACAAUUCAGUAGUCUCAAUGAACGUAUAUUGAAGGGCAUGCGUUCACCAUAUUUAUAUAUGCAAUUAUUUAAUACAUCCUUGCAAGCUUUGCCUAAUAAUUUCUUCAAGAAUUUGGGACGUGUGCGUAAUAUUUCAUUGGAUAUCCGUUAUAAUAAUCGUAUGCUGAAGAAAAUACCAAAUCCCAAUACUGGACGUGUACCAUAUUUACCAAAUAGUGUUUUCCUAACAGAUCUGAAAAUGUCAAAUACCGAUUUAAAUUGUGAUUGUGACUUAGGUUGGGUCGAAUUCUGGCAGCGUAAACGUCGUCAAUACAUAUGCUCAUCUCAAACUUGGACCGAUACUGUAUUUAGAACAUUUAUGAAUUCACCAUGCCAGGUUUAUGGGCGUCAUAAUUGUGAUGAUCAUGAUGAUGACUUACGUGAAACACGUUGUGAUAAUAAAGGUGGUUUACAAUUAUUGGAGGCUCUGAAAGCUGAUUUAGAAUGCGGAUGGGAUAACGCAAGCUGCAAGGACUCCGUUCUUGUCUUAAUAGCUGCUUGUAUUAUAUUAAUAUUUUGGAUGUGACUGUUACGGUUUGCCUACAAAACAUCUGCCAAAUUCUAUGAUAUUUUGGAGAAGGUCUAUGGCGAGACUGUUGUUUGAGUAAAGCGAAACAAAGUAGUUUGCAGAUUUUCAUAUAAUAAGCGUUUAUUACAAAUAACAACAUUAAUUUUUAAGAAAAUUUUCAAUUUAAUAUGAAGUAAAUAAAACGAUCUUUGC